UGUUUUGUUUUGCUGCAGUUUUAGUGUUUAUUUUCAAUUAUUUGCGAUUUAUUAGAAUAAACAUGAAGCGCAGAAGUCAAACGCAGGCCCAGAAGGCCAAGGAAAUAACUAAACAGCCGAAAUCAAAAGCUGGAGCCCUCACAGUAGCCCAGCUCAGCUCCGAUGCCGUAUGGCAGCUCGCAUCGCAGUACUGGGCACCGGACACAAAGGCAGAUCACCGGCCGUAUAGCGCAGAAAUUAUCGAACGCAUCUACAAAGAGGAAAUCGGUGGCGGCGCCGGUGGCAGUCAGAGCUCGCGGCGAAUCAACAUGUUGGAGUUCAGCCAGUACCUGGAACAGUACCUGUGGCCGCACUACCAGCGAGAUACCGCCACCCAUGCCCACCUCAUGUCCAUUGUGAUCAUGGCCAAUGAGAAGUUCCGCGAGCGCGUCGAGGUAUGGACUGUGUUUGAAAAUCUGCCGGAACAAUAUCCGGCCUUCUUCCGCCACGUGCUGGAGAGUUGCUUACCUAGCAAAGCCACCCGAGAGGCAAGGAGCACCCUGCGGGAGCGAACUGCGCUGCUCAUGUUCCUCAAUCACUGUUUUAACAGCAUGGAGAUCGAACUGUGCCGAGAGCAGGCCAAGCGUCUGGUAUCCCUAUCCAUGUGGCACUGCCUGCAGCCAAAACGCCGCGAGCAGGAGCUUCGAGAGGUUCCCGAAUGGCGAAAGUAUUGGAAGCGUCUAAUAAAGAAGGAUAAGGACACAAAGCCCGAGGUCCAGUGGGAACGACACUUUAUGCAAAACCUUAUCAUCGACUUUUUGCAAAUCGUUGAGAGCAUACCCGCCGAGGGUGAUAUCAACCCUAACGUGGUUCACUACUGCGAACGCUUCCUGGAGUUCAUCAUCGAUCUGGAAGCACUUCUACCGACACGGCGCUUCUUUAACACCGUUCUGGACGACUGUCACCUCAUUGUACGGGCUUUGUUGUCGCCCCUAGUUCGCCGCGAAGAAGGAAAACUGUUUGGCCAGCUACUUGACAUGCUCAAGUUUUAUACCCGCUUCGAGAUCAACGAUGUUACCGGCAGUUCGCUCACGGAUCAUGAUAUGACCCAGCUGCACUACAAGAAGAUUACCUCCCUGCAGCGUGCAGUCUUCGCCAAGUUUCCCAGUCUUCGGGUUUUCGCUUUAUCCAAUGUGGCCACGGUGGACAAUCGGGAGUCGCUAGAGCAGCACUUUGGUGGCCUGGAUGGCGACGGGCUUCGUCAGAUCGCCACUUUCCUGAACCUUGUGCCGGAGGAGAUGGUGGAGUCCUUGGAGUGGCACCGAAUGGAUGAGCAGUUCUUGCGCGAGCUGUUGAUCACGCGACACGAGCGACGCUGCUCUCAGCUAGAGGCUCUCAACGAGAUGCCUCUGUAUCCCACGGAGCAGAUAAUCUGGGACGAGAACGUGGUGCCCUCGGAGUACUACACUGGUGAGAGCUGCCUAGCGUUGCCCAAGCUGAAUCUGCAGUUUCUGACCCUCCACGACUACCUGCUGCGUAACUUUAACCUCUUUCGCUUGGAAUCGACCUAUGAAAUUCGUCAGGACAUCGAGGAUGCUGUGAGCCGAAUGCUGCCCUGGCAGUCCGAAGACGGAGAUGUUGUCUUCGGAGGCUGGGCCAGAAUGGCCCUGCCCGUUGCCAGCUUCGCUGUGGUGGAGGUAGCCAAGCCGCAUCUCGGCGAGAAGAAGCCAUCACGAGUGCGUGCUGACGUGGGAGUGACACUUUCCGUGCGGAGAGAGAUCAAGGAAGAGUGGGAGAACCUGCGCAAGCACGAUGUCUGUUUCCUGAUUACCGUGAAGCCAACGCAACCGUAUGGCACCAAGUACAACCACCGAGAGCCCUUCAUUCCCCAGGUGGGCUUGGUAAGUGUCCGAGGAUGCGAAGUGGAGGGCAUGCUAGAUGCCAACGGUCGGGUCAUUGAGGAUGGCCCGGAGCCAAGGCCCCAGCUGCCAGGGGAGCAACGGUGCUAUCGUGUGUGGCUGGACUCGAAUCAGUAUCGCCAGGAUAUGGACGAUCUGCAAGAGGGUGCCGACGAUGUCUACGAAAGCUUCAACAUACUGAUGCGUCGCAAGCCCAAGGAGAACAACUUUAAAGCCGUGCUGGAGACCAUUCGCCACUUGAUGAACACCGAGUGUGUGGUGCCACCCUGGUUACAUGACAUCCUUCUCGGCUACGGUGACCCCGCUGCCGCUCAUUAUUCGAAUAUGUCAAACCAAGAGCGCAGCCUGGAAUUUAACGAUACAUUCCUGGACUAUAGUCAUUUGGUGGCCAGUUUCCCUACGUACACCAUGAAGUGUGAGCUGCCAGAGGAAAGGCGCCUGCCGCCCUACCGUCUGAUCUUUGAGGAUGUGCCAACCCAUAAGGAAAGCGAUGACGAGGAAAGGGAUGAGAAGGUGGAGAAGCAGGCAUUGACCAAAUCCAUAUUGGUGCAGCCCUACAAAUACGAAGCGAGGGGACCCUAUCCUAGCGACAAGCCCAAGCAAAACUCCAUACGUUUUACACCCACACAAGUGGAAGCCAUAAGAGCGGGUAUGCAGCCAGGUCUGACCCUGGUGGUAGGUCCUCCCGGUACUGGUAAGACCGAUGUGGCUGUCCAAAUCAUCUCUAACAUUUACCACAACCAUCCCAGCCAACGCACCCUGAUCGUGACCCACUCCAAUCAGGCUCUGAAUCAGCUGUUCGAGAAGAUCAUGGCCCUGGACAUUGAUGAGCGGCAUCUGUUGCGUCUUGGUCACGGUGAAGAGGCUUUAGAAACCGAGAAGGACUACAGUCGCUAUGGAAGGGUCAACUAUGUGCUGGCCAAGCGCAUGGAUUUACUCAGUCAAGUCCAGCGACUGCAGGAGGCACUGGGUGUGAGUGGCGAUAAUGCAUACACCUGUGAGACGGCUGGCUACUUUUACCUUUACAACGUAAUGGCGCGUUGGGAGAAGUUCCAGAGCCAAAUGAGUGUGCACCGGAAGGAGGAGACGGAUGUUGAGAAGCUGAAAUCGCUGUUUGAGAAAGAGUUUCCUUUCGGAAAAUUCUUUGCAGAUGCCCCGCAACCCUUGUUUAAGGGCGGCAAUUUCGAAGAGCUCAUGGAUAUAGCCAGCUCCAACUUCCGUUACAUCUCGGACAUUUUCACUGAGCUUGAGGAGUUCCGGGCUUUUGAGCUAUUGCGAACGGGAUUGGAUCGCUCCAAAUACCUAUUAGUAAAAGAGGCCAAGAUCAUUGCCAUGACCUGUACACACGCUGCGCUCAAACGCAAGGAGUUGGUGAAUCUCGGCUUCCGAUACGACAACAUUCUCAUGGAGGAGUCCGCGCAGAUCCUAGAGAUUGAGACGUUCAUUCCCCUGCUGCUGCAAAAUCCGCUGGACGGCCUGAAUCGCCUGAAGCGCUGGAUCAUGAUCGGAGAUCAUCACCAGCUGCCGCCUGUGAUCAAGAACAUGGCCUUCCAAAAGUACUCCAACAUGGAGCAGAGCCUGUUUACGCGCCUGGUACGCCUGGGAGUCCCCACAGUAGACUUGGAUGGACAGGGUCGUGCCCGUGCCAGCAUCUGUUCGCUGUACAAGUGGCGCUACAAGAAGCUCGAGGACCUAGAGCACAUACUAGAACGGGAUGAGUACAAGAAGGCCAAUGCGGGCUUUGCCCACGAUUAUCAACUGAUCAAUGUGGAGGACUUCAAGGGUGUUGGCGAAAGCGAACCUAAUCCCUACUUCUACCAGAACCUGGCUGAGGCGGAGUACAUUGUGGCCACGUACACGUAUAUGCGCCUGCAGGGCUAUCCCGCCGCGAAGAUCUCGAUACUGACCACAUACAACGGACAGAAGCAUCUGAUUCGCGAUGUGAUUAACGCCCGGUGUGGCAAUAAUCCGCUGAUCGGAUGGCCGCACAAGAUCACCACCGUAGACAAGUACCAGGGCCAGCAGAACGACUACAUUCUCAUUUCUCUGGUGCGAACCAAAGCGGUGGGUCAUCUUCGGGAUGUGCGACGUCUGGUGGUGGCAAUGAGUCGUGCUCGACUCGGAUUAUAUGUGUUUGGCAGGGUUUCCCUGUUCAAGAAUUGCCUGGAACUUCAACAGACUUUCAAGCUGCUCACGCAGAGACCGCUGAAGCUUAGCUUGGUGCCCGAUGAUAGCUAUCCAACGGAUCGUUUGGCCAGCACUGCGGUGGCCAGCGAAGCCAUUAGAACUGUGGAGAAUAUGUCCGAAAUGGCGCAGUUUGUUUACGAACUAUAUAUGGCCAAAAUGGAGGAGCUCAAGGGUACGCUGCCAACGGAGGAGGAGCUGCUGGCCAUGCGAAACCAACUGCCCCAGGAAGAUGACGAGAACGCUGACGCUGCAGAAGCAGAAUCCGAGGAGCCACCAGAAAAGCGAGCAGCCACGGAGCAGCAAGUGUCAAAGAAAAAGACCGUGGAAGCAUUCAAGCCAACGCCCAUUCUCAACGAGAUUUGCGUGGACGACGAAGAUAUGGGCCAACGGGAACAAGUUGCCGAAGAUGUAACUGAAAAACCCGCAGAGGAACCCACCCCAAAUGGGGAAACCUAGUUUAGUUGCUCCAAUAUUUUAAUUUUAAUAAGUUCCAACAAUCUUAAAGUGACAAAUGCCAACGCAUAUACCACCAA